AGUCGUAUUUUGUCAACAACUUCAUGUUUUUCUGAUAAAUGUACCGUGAAGAUUGUUUGGUUACCGAUUUUUGACGUCAUUUGUUCUUAAAAGUUAGAGCUUUUAAAGCUAAAAAUAAAACCCACAAGUUGCUAUGUGUAACAAAGAAACAACGAUGAAUUUGAUUCUCGAGUCUGUCUUUUUUAGUCAACAUUGCUUCUGUAAUCUUCUUCUUCCAAUACCCAAAUUAUAAUUUCUUUUCUUUUUUUUUUUUACCCUUUUUUAUAAUUGUCAGUGGCACUGCCAUGGGUUUUUGGGUCCUACUGGGAGAUGUAACCAUAAAUCGUAUAACAAAUCGGGAGAAACAGAGUUGAAACACUCGCUCUCAUAAGCUUUAACCAUUUCUCGAUUCCUCACUCUCCCUCUUUUAUGCUUCUGAAAAUGUGGUAAAACGGUCGCCGUUUCUAAGCGCCACCGGCUUUUUUGCUGCCUCCGGCGGCGGGAACUUUUAAAGGCUCUUUGUCUCGAUCAUGGCCGCCACCGCACUGAGUAGAGCUUUGUUUCUAAUGGGCUUUCUUCUAUUUCUUCAACUUCAGCUUCCUGAAACAAUGGCGGACUGUCCCUUGGACUUGAGUGGAUCAAACUUUACUUUAGUUGCCUCUAUUUGCUCUAACCCCAAUGAAAGAGGGAAGUGCUGCCGCCAUAUCAAUGCAUUUGUUGCAGUUUCUGUUGCUCAUCUUGCAAAUGCAACAGGUGAAUUGGGAGUUUCUUCAGACUUAUCUGACAUUUGCUUGCAAUUUAUACUUCAAACCAUGGGACUGUAUGGAGUUCCUAGAAAUGCCAUGGUUUUCUGUGGGGUUGGAACCAAAAUUCCAGUGAACUAUGCGUGUAGAGGUCGAGAGACCGUCACACAGAUGCUGGAAUCUCCAAAAUUUACAAAUGUCAGUGAAAAUUGCAAGUUGCCAAUAUCAGAGGAGAGUACUUGUAGGAAGUGUAUUAAUUCUGGAAUUUUAUAUCUCCGAAAUCUGAUUGGAAGAGAAGAUAAUAUAACGCUAAAUACUUGUCGUGACGCUACGUUUGUUGCACUUGCUAGCCAACUUGAUCCUGCUUCAGUUAUUGAUCUUGCAACCUGCUUCUUUGGAGUUCAAGGCUUUCACAAGCCUCCAGCUCCACCCCCAUCUUUGACUACACCAAAAAUUUCCCCAAGUCCAUCAGCUGCUGAAAGCCCAGGGUCACUGACGCUUGAUGUUGCCGGUGAUAAAAGUCACCAACAUCAUUCCUACCAUCUAACAUUAGUGGCAGGUAUUGGCAUCGCGGUGACUGUCGGUUCUGUAAUGAUGCUGGUUGUCUUGAUUGUGUUGAUUCGAAGGAAAAGCCGAGAGCUAAAGGAUUCUGAUAAGAUGGAUGCCAACUCUUCAAAAUCUUUCCCCUCUCGUCCCAUCAAAAAGUAUCAGGAAGGACCUUCCAUGUUUAAAAAGUUCAGCUAUAAGGAGAUCAAGAAGGCAACAGAUAGUUUUAGUACAACAAUUGGUCAAGGAGGAUAUGGAACUGUUUAUAAAGCUCAAUUCACUGAUGACGUAGUAGUAGCUGUGAAGAGGAUGAACAAAGUCUCCGAGCAGGGUGAAGAUGAAUUUGGCAGAGAAAUCGAGCUGCUUGCAAGAUUACAUCACCGACAUCUCGUUGCCUUAAGAGGCUUUUGUGUUGAAAAGCAUGAACGGUUCCUUUUGUACGAGUUUAUGGCUAAUGGAAGCUUGAAGGACCAUCUUCAUGCUCCUGGCAGGACCCCUCUAAGUUGGCGGACAAGAAUCCAAAUUGCCAUCGAUGUUGCCAAUGCUCUGGAGUAUCUUCACUAUUAUUGUGAUCCCCCACUGUGCCACAGAGACAUCAAGUCCAGCAACAUUUUACUGGAUGAGAACUUUGUAGCUAAGGUUGCCGAUUUUGGCCUUGCACAUGCUUCAAAGGGCGGUUCUGUUUUCUUUGAACCUGUAAAUACAGAUAUCCGAGGAACGCCAGGUUAUAUGGAUCCUGAGUAUGUCAUCACGCAAGAACUUACUGAGAAAAGUGAUAUAUACAGCUACGGCGUACUACUUCUGGAAAUAGUUACUGGCAGACGCGCUAUACAAGACGGGAAGAAUCUGGUUGAAUGGUCCCUAGGGUACAUGAUUUCAGAUUCAAGGAUAUCUGAAUUAGUAGAUCCAAGUAUCAAGGGUUGUUUUAACUUGGACCAACUUCACACGAUCGUGUCAAUUGUGAGAUGGUGCACCGAGGGAGAAGGCAGGGCAAGGCCUUCAAUUAAGCAGGUGCUUCGACUGUUGUACGAGAGUUCAGAUCCAAUGCAUCAAGGGCUCAUGGAGGCUGUGGAUGAUGAAGAAUAUGGAGGGACUGAAGGGAGACAGAGCAUGAGCAAGAGAAAAAUGCAUAAAAGUGAUGUGAUUUUCCAUAGUGGAGAUGGAAGGUAUCUUGCUUCUUCAUCAAGCACAUCUAGGUCAUAUUGUAGUAGAAGCUUUUUACUUGAAACUGGUUCACCACAGUCUCCUCCCAAUAUUUAUUCUGCCUCAGACCAAUUAUUUUAGACUUGACAACUGUAUGAGCCAUGUUUGACAGAAGUUUGACAGUGGAAAAGUAUUGGUUUUGUAAGCAUCAUUGUUUUCAUUCUUUCCAUGGCUACACCUAGAAGAAGAAAAAAACAGUUAAGGACUUUGAAACUAA